AUGACCCUCAAAUACCUCAUAACCGGCGCAAGCGGUGGCCUAGGCGCACACGACCUUGACUGCUUCGUCGCUAACUGGCCAUUGUCUGAAUUCGCCACCGCAUCUUCCAAAGAAUCAAAAAAGGCAACCGCGAUCGAAGGUGUUGACAAUUUAUUCUUCGUUAGUACGAACGUUUUGGAUAAUGAGCGGAGGAAAAAGCAGCAUGGGAAUUUUAUAGAUCCCGCGAGGAAAGUUGGAGUUAAACAUGUGUGGUAUACAUCUCUCGCAUUAAGUGGUUUCAAGUCCGAUUCCCAGGCUGCAAUGCUGCGGACGCAUUAUGAGACGGAGGAUCUCCUGAAAGAAUCGGGAUUAACUUACACGUCCAUCAGAGAGGGAGCCUACGCAUACGCUUCCCUGCCUUCGUUAAUUGGCUUCCUGAUUCACUGA